AGUGGUUUUCUAGAGAGUACCAUGAUUUGAAUGGCUCGCAUAUCGACAUUCUCAACAAGCCUCCUACACCACUUGAGUUCUCCAGAAUAGUACACAUCUCUCGACCUGUGGUCAUUCAUGGUAGCGCCUGCAUCCAAACACUUUGAGGUUCAGCGCAGUUGAACCCUGUCUUCAGGAUUUCAUAUACCUGCCACCAAGGAUCGAUGGAGCAACAAAUAUCUCUGUGACAAGAUGACAGACCGGCCUGUCUCUGUCUCUGUAACGCCGAAUGGGCUGGCUGAUGCCGUCACGGUGGGCUCAGACGGCACAUCCUACUUUGUUGAGCCUCACGUCGAAUCAAUGACCAUGAGGGACCUCUUAUCGAAGCUCGACGACGACAUGACCGAGUCCGUGGGGAUCUCCCAGGCUUACUAUCUUCAGUCCCAGAACGGCAAUGUCUACUCUGCAACAUAUUUCGCCGACGAUGCAGAAAAUGAUUUCUCAGAGUUCGACGUCCUGCGUCCAGAUAUUCCCAGCGAUGUUCCUUGGUGCAGUGAAUCAUUGAACAAACAUCCGGAUGCAGUCAACCUCUGGAUCGGGGAUAGCAAGAGCACAACAAGCAUUCAUUGUGAUCCUUAUGAGAAUAUAUACACUGUCGUCCGGGGAGUGAAAUACUUUACUCUUCUCCCUCCCAGCGAGGGUUGGUGUCUCCAAGAACGUACAUACCCUCAUGCUCAAUAUGUACGACCCUCACCUUCAGUUGAGUUAUGUAUCGAGCCGUCACCGCCAUCAACUCCUCCCAUCCGCUGGUCUUCUGUUGGCGACCCGAAUCUUCCAGGUGCUCUCCCUGAUGAAGCGCAUCCCAUUAACAUCGCGUUGAAGGCAGGCGAAACGCUUUAUCUACCGGCAGGAUGGUGGCAUUACGUUCGUCAAUCGGAUGAGAUUACCAUUGCAUUGAAUUGGUGGUAUGACAUAGAAAUGCGAGGCAUGACGUGGGUGCUUCUUACUUUUCUUCGGGGAGUCGAUGCCCCUGCCUUGGAAGACAACGAAGCUAAACUAGAGACUGGAGAAGUAGAGGAUAAUAACUAAUAAUAAUGCUGACUUGGGAAAAAAAAAACCAUUGUGGCUGCUCGGUGUUACGGGCCGAAAUAC